AUGUUGACCGAUUCAGCCCAGACUGCGAUCGCUGCGGUGUUUUCUUUGCUGGUAAUCACAGAUAUCGUGGGGAACACUCUGGUUUGCGUUGUUAUAAUUAAAAACCAAGACAUGAGAACACCAAUGAACUAUUUGCUGGUCAAUUUGGCUUUUGCUGAUAUCCUGGUAGCGCUGUUUAUAGCACCACAGUUCGUUCUGAUCCACACUUUUCAGCAUCCUGACGGGAUUUUAGGAAGAUUCCUGUGUAAAUUCUUGACCGGUGGAAACUUCAUGUGGACAGGAGCGACUGCAUCUGCUUUUAGUCUGGUCGUUAUCGCAUUUGAGCGUUACUUCGCUGUAAUGCACCCUUACAAUAAUACAGGGAAACUGACGCAUAGAAAACUUAAAAUCAUCAUUCCUGUUCUUUGGAUUUCUGCACUGAUUUUAAACACGCCUCUCUUUUUGACGUCCUACUUCGAUAAAGAAAACGAAUUUUGUAUGGAAUACUGGCCUAAGAAAUGGAUGCCCAAGGCUUUUAGUGUAGCUUGGUUUGUUCUACUUGGAGUUCUGCCGAUGUUGGUAAUGACUGGCCUGUACUCUAGAGUUGUCUACGCUCUGUGGAUCAAAAACGAAGAGCGUGUUAAUGGAACUCAACAGGGUGUCAUGAGAGUGCGAAAGCGCGUCACAAAAAUGGUUGUUGCAGUUAGUAUCAUUUACGGACUCUGUUGGACUCCAGACCUCGUCAUCUACGCCAUGAUACACUUCGGCUCCAAGCACAAUCUUGGUGACGCAGCUGACGUCAUAUCCAUUGUUUUGGUCGUGUGCAACUCGACCGUUAAUCCCUUCAUUUACGCCUAUGUGAACAGUCGUUUCAGGAGACAUAUCAAAGCUCUGUUGUGUUGCUAUGGUAGUGGUACUGACAGUAACAGAGUUCAUGCAAUGGGAAGAGGCAAUGAAACCUCGAGGACGAAUUCAGGGAUUAAUGCCUCGACCAUCCAGGGAGAAAUUCAGUCUUUGAGCCAUCGCGAUGUUACUCUGUUCCAUGUGUCAAGAACAGAUAACUAG